GCACCAGCGUCUGAGCCCUCAUGAACCAGCGCCAAAGCGGUCAUUACCAUACAGAUACGAUUGAUUCGAAGCGGCACGGUACUCGAUCUCCCAUCCCAUCGCAAUGACUAGCAGCGAUAACAAGGACAACAACAAGUUCACCACUCCGCCGGGCUGGACGCCCCACCCUACCCUUCCUAAUGCCCUGCUUCGGCCCAUCAGCAACAAUGAGAGAUUCUUCUUGACAUCGGAACGAGUGACGGGCGCUAGGACCUCAAUCGGUGCGUCGCUGCUCCUCGACUUUGACAGUCCCGUCGAGGCCCAAGACCUCCUCCGUCGACUCAACAAGGCCUGGCUGUACACGCGCGCUCAGUGUCCUUCUUUGGGAUUCAAGGUUGCCAAUGCCAACAACGGGUCGACCGGCAGUGAGGACACUUGCAUGGUCUACGAAGAUUUGACCAGCACAAAGCAAGCCUUCGAAUGGGCAGAGCAGACGGUGCACGUCAAGCACAUCAACGACCCCAGCGGUACGCUCGACGUGCGCAUCCUUGAGGGUCACCACGAAGAUCCUAUCGUAGCCAAGACGGUGGACCACCAUAUCGAAUGCCUCAUCGCAACUUCGCCUGCCCCUCGAGCCUGGCUAAGGCUAUGGCUUGAUCACAACAUGAUGGACGGCCCUUCGUCCCGUUGGCUGCUGGCGCACCUAGUCAAGUACCUCUCACUUUCGCCAGAGAGCCUCGAGAUCGACUGGGCUAGCGAGUCGGAGCAGGCGCGUAUACGCUCUCGUCUGCUUCCUGGGACCGCACUGCCCUUCCUCAAGCCCGAGUACCGCGAUCAAAAGCUUGACGUCAAGGCCGAUCCGCAGAAGCAGUUCGCGGCCGUCACGCGAGAGGUGAGCGGCAAUGUCUCCUCAGGCUUCGCAGCUUUCACUGACUUCCUCCUGCUACCAUCUUGCUAGGCCUUUUCUACCUUGAAGCCCUUCUCUGGCGGCUCUGAGGUCGAAUUAAGCGCAGCGAAGACUUUCACUACUCGACUCAAAUUGUCAAGCGACGAAACGCGCCAGGCUCGCAACUUCUGCCAUCGGCAUAACGUGACUGUCACGGCCUUGUUACUCUCGACGGCCGUCGUUCGCCAGACGAUUCUCCGCUCAGAGAAGUGGCCUUUGCCCGCAGGAGACCGAUUCAUAGGCCUCUUCCCCGUAGACUCACGUCCUGCAUGGGUCGAA